UAUAGAUUUAUCUCCAUAUAAAAUGCGAAAUUAAGCAAUAACCCUAAUUGUAAGGAAAAAAAGAUUCUGUCGUUUCGAUUGCUCCUCGCCUGCGUUUCUUUGUUUCUCUUUCCCUCUCCCCGUUGUUGUCCCCGGGCGGUUUCAUCUUUACCCUCAUCUCAUACGAUUAAGGUUUUAGCCUCUGGUUAGGGAGUGUUGAAUCCCAAUAACUUCGAUUAAGAUUUCGUCUAUCUCCUUACUGGGAGUUCUUGAAAUUCCAGUGCUUUCAGUGUGCAUAGAAGGAUCGAUACUCGAUGGAGGACUGGGAAGAUGAGCCUAUUCCUGAUCUUCUCAAUAAAAAAGAGCAUUUGAAAGCCAAUUGGGACGAUGAAGAUUUGGACGAUGUCAAGGAAUCUUGGGAAGACGAAGACGAGCCUGCUACGAAUCGUUUUGAUAGUUACAGCUCACUCUUGUCUGUGAGAUUUCUUAUAUGGCUGUUGAGUGUUGAGGAGUUUCUUGGUUGCCUGAAACUACACAAUGCUCAGAGGAUUGUUUUUCGAGAUGGAUCCAUUUACUUUUUGGCUUCUCUGUUUUCUUUGGCAGUUGGAAGUGCGCCAAAGGUGGAGCCAACGCCAUCUGAAAAGGUUCCUAAAAAAUCUGCUGCUAAAUCAGGUGAAAAGAAAGUGAAAGCUGCUGAGGCUUCAAAAGAUGCUCCAAAAGAGGAGCCAUUAGAUCCUGUACAAGAAAAACUCCGUCAACAGAGGCUUGUUGAGGAGGCUGAUUAUAAAGCGACUACCGAGUUAUUUUCCAAGAAGGGUGAUGAUAAGACACUGGAAAAUUUUAUCCCGAAAACUGAAAGUGAUUUUGCAGAAUAUGCGGAACUUAUUUCCCAUAAACUUUGUCCAUAUGAGAAAAGCUAUCACUAUAUCGGAUUACUGAAGGCUGUGAUGAGACUGUCGAUGACUUCUUUGAAAGGAGCGGAUGCCAAAGAAAUUGCAUCCUCCAUUACUGCAAUCGCAAAUGAGAAGAUAAAAGCUGAAAAAGAAGCUAAUGCUGGCAAAAAGAAGACAGGUGGGAAGAAAAAACAGUUGCAUGUCGGAAAACUGGAUGAUGAUGUGGCUAUUGAUAAUACAUACGAUGAUUUGGAUGACUAUGAUUUCAUGUGAAUUUUGCUGAGAAAUUUUGCUGGAAUGUUCUCUCUCUCUUUUUUCUUUUUUGGGAAUUGGGUGGAAUAAAGAUCAUUUUAAAGUUGUUCAGGUUUUGUUGUGUUUGUGCUGAUUGGUUAUGCUUUUAAUUCUUGUAUUGAGCUUAUUGUUACCUAUGUUCUUAUAUCUUGAUUAUGAAUUUAUGAUUAUAGAAGUAUUUAAUCGUUACCA